AUCUACGACACUGCAAACACAAACACAAACUGUUACUUCUACAACGAAACGAUUAUCACGAGCUUUUUCGACCCUCAAUUAAGGUUCUAAUAUUGUAAUACGCACACACAUAUCUUUUCAUCAUGUCGAUCGAUAAUGUCGGAGCCUCGUUCGGUAUCUCGGGCAGCGACCCGAAGACGGCGUUGAUGAACCAAGUUCGUCAAGAAGCCGCAUUGAACAACGCCAGGCAGCUGAUCGAGAAACUCAACGAACACUGCUUCGCCAAGUGCAUCCCAAAGCCCGGCUCCUCCUUCAGCAGCGGCGAGCAGCAAUGCUUCACACAGUGCAUGGAGAAAUACAUGUCAGCCUGGAACACGGUUAGCCAGCAGUAUAUCGCGCGGGUCCAGCAGGAGGGCGCGAAGAAUGCGGGUGGGGGGAUGUUUUAGAUGAUGGGGG